AUCACUGUUUGACGUUUCUGUUUGACUUGACAGUGAAUUUCAAUGGAGUGACAACUGACAAUGACAAGUGUUGGCUCUGGCCAUCACAACACACUGCUCAUUGAACGAGUUCCUGAUUACUAUCAACAUCUGCAUAUUUUGGCACUAUGUCAUCUCGCCAAUUUCGCAAGGUGAACGGGCAAGCUAACCUGCCCCCACCUCCAGACGAUUCAGAUGAAGACUAUCAGCCUUUGUAUGCCCGCCGUCCGGCUAAUUCUCAAUAUGCAGGGUUGGCGUUAAGCUCCCACUCUGAAUCAGACCGCAGCUCACGUAGCGAAGAGGAGUUGCAAGAUAGAGCCGAGGCUUUGCCAGUUCAAAAGAAGAACACCAAGAAAAAGGGAGGCGGCGGCAAAGGACGCGGUCGCAGGACAUCGAAUGAUGUUGAUGAUGUUGAUCGUUCUAUCCAAGAAGUGAAUGCUAUGCUGGGUUCCCCUUCUAGUCUUCUGCCGUCUGCGGCUGGAACAUCUGAAUCGCCCAAGGUUAACGAGGCUUUGCAGGUACUAACCGUUGAUGCCCGCCACCUUAAUGUCACAAAUGAGGUCAGGCGACUCUUUGGGCCUGAUGAAAACGAACUCAACAAGCGUGGACGUAUGCAUUCCAGUCGCGCUUUUAUGUUGCGUCGUGUUUUGGUUCAUCCGAAUAAAGACACGCUCAUAUAUGAGUUUAACAAUGUUGGACUGUCCAUGAGUAAAUAUAAGGAAGUAAACAAGCGCAUGUAUUUUGUUUUUAAUCACAACGAGUCGUACCAAAAGAUGCACCGCGCUUUUCUCGCCAAGUAUUCGCGUGCACAAUCCACCGAAUUAUUGAUGGGCCUAGAAGAGGCACGGCGUAACAUGCACGUCGAAGCAUUGUUAGAAAUUUCCGACCGUUUAUUCCGUAUGGAAGAAAAUGGCGUUGCUAAUGAAAUUGUGGAGAACGUCGUACUCUUUCUCCAGUACGUGGCUCACCCACUGUUUAUUCUGUCCCAGAAUAAUGUCCGAUUGGAUUAUAAAUAUAUGGAGAACAGGCCAUUCCAUGUGGCCAUGCUAAAGUACGUGUACCUGCUUUCAAACAAAGCCUGUCACCGCACUGCAUUGGAGAUAGCCAAGAUGCUGCUCCUGCUUGACCCUAAUGAUCCGUUGGCACUGUUAGCUUUGAUUGACAUCCUUGCUCUGCGAGCGAGGGAGCAUGAAUGGCUGAUUGACGCAAUCCGCUAUUUCGAUCGCCAGCGAGAGGCCAAACUUCUAUUUAACAUCAAGUAUUCCAAUGCUUUAGCGCACUUCCAUGUUGCCAUUAAAAACAGAGGUGACUUCAAUGAAUCAGAUCAGCUUAUCAAGGAGGCUAUAUUAGCUCACCCCCAGGUAUUCGUACACAUUAUGGCAUGCUGCGGCGUUUCCAACCCUGCCAUACUGAAUCACGCUAUCUUCAAACGUGAUCUGCAGAAUCCGUGGACCCCAGGAGUAGAGGAGCUGUUUCUAAUCUACGCCAAGAUGACUGCACCACGCUGGAAUGAACCACCCGUGAUGGGUUGGAUCACUAAGAAUGCUGGCGAGCUCUGCAAGAGCUACGAUGAGGAUGCCACUGUUCGGGAGACUGCCAAUGACUGGGCUGUUAGCCGCCACGGCCUGUUUCAGGUUUGGCCCCCAGAAUAUCUGCGCCACAUCUCUGUGCUCUCCUGCAUGUCCAAGCUAAUCCUCGACAUGCCGGUUAACUCUUUCUUCCGACCCACGUGCGGCUGGGACCCUGUUUUCGACAAGUCGGUCAACCGCUACGGCUACUCAUACAAGACCGACCCGCCCCGCAACCUGGGCGUGGGCGGCUCGCCUGUUUACAGGUUCUUCCACUCAAUGAUCCCGUCUUAUUUCGAUCCUCCGGUUGACGAAUGAGUUCACUGUUUUUUAGUUUAAAAUAUUUUUAAUUUACUUACCUAUGUAUUGGUGUUGCUGAAAACAAUAAUGAAAUCUACCAAUGUUGACAUUUUAUAUUACUACACAAUAUUUAUUUGUUUUAUUUUAUAUUUACGUUUUGUUUUUUUAAGUUUAUUUGUUACAUUGUAAUUAUAUUAUGUAUACAUAAUACAUAUGGGGUAUAAGGGUUAAGUGGAAGUAAAUAUUAAUUAGGCACAACAAAGUAAGUCUAAUCCCUAAAAAAGAUAUGAUUACCUUAUGUUGGUACACAUUUUUUUUAAUUGGCAUAAUUGUUUUAAGGUAUCUACGGACUAGCUCGAUUGCAGCUAUUCACACAACCGCGCGAGAACAUAAUUUAGUUUUUUGACAGUUAAGUCCAGGUCUGUAAACACACAUGUUGUCGUGGUAUCAAGCUUCGGUAACUAAUAAUAAUAGCUUCAUAUAUCAUUCAGAGAAAAUGUAUCAUUCCUAAAUAAUAUA